AUGGAAGCCGAAGCCAAAUCCAUUGAGUUUCAUCUAACAGAAUCUUUCUUAUCCGAAGUUAUGAAUUUGAUUUACGACUCUACUAGGUAUUCGAUCCUAAACCAACCUACCCAAUCACCUUUGAAAUCCAAAUCAAAAUCCAAACUCAAACCAAACCCAUCACCUAAUUUAAAAGAAACCAAUCCGAUUACAGACCAAGAAAUCCAAGAAGGCUUCAUCAAAAGGAUCGAUCAAUUAGGUUAUAAAGUAGGAUACAUCUUAUCAGAAAAAUUAAUUAAAGAUAAACCAAGGUUACCAAGGAAUCCUCAGUACGCUUCGACUCAUGAAAGCUUUGUGCCUGAUUCAUUGGAAGUCAUCAAGUUUAUUUGUAAAGAUUUAUGGUUAUCAAUCUUCAAUAAACAAGUCGAUAACCUCCGUACAAACCAUCGAGGAGUUUACGUUUUACAAGACUAUGGGUUCAAACCUUUUUUAAAACUGAUUCCUAAUCAAUCUACUCUUGAAUCAAAAUCAUAUUUUCAUAAAAUGUUGGUUUUUCCUAGUGGGAUUAUUAGAGGAUCAUUAAUGAAUUUAGGAAUCCAAAGUCAAGUGAUUCCAGACCAAACAGCUAUCCCACCUCAAUGUUCGAUACAAAUUCGUACGAUUUUAAAUCAUCAUCCUUCUACGACUAACACUUCUAAUCAGUCUAAACCAAAUCAACCAUCCAAUUCGAAUCAAACUUCUCCCACUAAACCACAAGAUCUUUCAUGA